AUGCCGUCUUCACCAAUGAUUACCAUCAAGUCCAUCGCUCACACCGCCAGCAACAUCCUUGGGGCCAAAUCAGCUCGCUGUGUCGAGUCUGCUCCCCGAUCCACCCUCAAGCUCGUUGACUAUGACAUCUCCCCCGUUACCGGCUUUGCUCCUUCAGCAUCACCCUGCACGCGUUUGCCUUCGCCUUUCGAUGCUUGGGAGCGAGCGUUAGAUCUCGUCAAUUGUGGCACCGACUCCGUCGUUAGCUUAGGUGAAGAUGCCUCGUCUGAGGCUCUGGCCAAGCGGACUUCCACUGAGCGGUGGCAAGAGAGCAUUCGGGCUAUGCCAGUGCUUGACACCGAAAUCCUUCGAAGUUAUUCUCAACUGCAACAUCGGGCACAUCAUGUUCUCGCUUAUCUUGUCCACUUUUAUGUUCAUUCUCUAACCCCUAAUACUACUUCCGCACCUGUCGUCCCCGCUUCUCUCGCAAUCCCACUCUUCGCCGUCUCCGAUGACCUUGGCAUGGCACCCAUUCUCACGUAUGCGGAUACGGUACUUUGGAACAUUGCCCCCCGUGACCCUAGUAAACCACUUGCCCCUGGAAAUCUCCGCAUUUUGACAACUUUUUCGGGCACGGACGAUGAAAUCGCGUUCUACCAAUGCUGCGCUGACAUCGAGCUUCACGGAACUCGAGCUCUCGCCGUCAUGGCCGCAUAUGAGAAUUUAGACUUACGCGACUUGGGCCGUCUUCGUGCGGACAUCCUUCAAACCGUUUGCACCGGACUCGAUGCGCUUACGGAGAAUAUUGAAGACUUAAUUACCAUCCUCAGGGAUGUGAAUGGCGCCUGCUCCCCCAUAGCUUUUUACAAUCUCAUUCGACCUUGGUUUCGUGGUCCGUCGUCUGGCGAAGUUCCUUGGAUGUGGGAAGGUGUCGGGCCCGUCAGGGAAGAGUGGAAGAGCCUUUCUGGCCCAAGUGGCGGCCAGAGCACCUUGAUGCAUUCGCUAGACGUAUUCCUCGACAUUGACCACACGAUGGAGAAGCAUGAUCUCCGCUCUCCCGUAGUAACACGCGAGGAUGCGGAUCGCACAUUCAUGAGGAGAAUGCAAGGCUAUAUGCCUGCAAUUCAUCGUGGCUUCCUCCACAAGCUGGUUUCGAGUAAUUUCUCGCUUCGUUCAAUGGCUAUCUCCGCUUCUCAAGCAAACUCUCCUCUCGCCCAUGAACUCGUAACCAAGUACAACGAUGCCGUGUGCGCGAUGCGCAGGUUUCGCGACGUUCACCUGAAGAUCGCUGGUAUUUAUGUGGUUGCACAGGCGCGGAAGGCAGCAGUCGAGGCGGGUAAGAGGGUAGUUAUACCCUCCGCUUGUCCAGUCAGCGCCAUGCUCAGACGAAUGGCUGAGGAAGGCGACGCUGACUUGUUAGCCGUCUGCCCCGUCUCUGGUCUUGGACUCGGCGACGUUGUAUCCAAACCUUCGGCGUGCCCUAUCAAAGGGACAGGCGGUACCCAGCUGCUCGGGUUGCUUAGGGGGAAUCGUGAUUCUACCACGAGGACGAUCAUCCCAACCAGGCGGUGA